AUGGCGUCCGCCGCCAAGUCGUCGAGGUCGCGGCCCGCCGGCCACUCCGGAGUGUUCCCGGUGAACGCGGCGGCCGGCGUGGGAAGCAGCGACGGCGGGGUGCAGCUCGCGGACAAGCUCAAGAUAUUCAAGACCGACAACUUCGACCCCGACGCCUACGUGCAGUCCAAGUGCCGCGCCAUGGACGAGAAGGAAAUAAGGCACCUGUGUUCCUACCUGCAAGAUCUAAAGAAGGCUUCUGCUGAAGAGAUGCGCAGAAGUGUUUAUGCAAAUUAUGCUGCAUUCAUCAAAACAUCAAAGGAGAUAUCAGACCUUGAAGGGGAGCUACUAUCAGUUAGAAAUUUGCUAAGUACACAGUCAGCUUUAAUUCAUGGUCUGUCCGAAGGGGUUCAGAUAGAUUCAUUGACCAUAGGGCCUGAAGGUUCUGCUGAACAAGACAUAUCCAGUGUUGAAGAUCAGGAGCCAUCAGAAAUAUGGAAAUGGUCCACAGAUUUCCCUGACAUGCUUGAUGUUCUGCUAGCUGAAAGAAGAGUGGAUGAAGCACUGGAUGCCUUGGAUGAAGCAGAACGGAUUGCUGCUGAUGCCAAACAGAAGGGAACUCUAACCACAGCUGACAUUCUGGCUUUAAAGAGGGCUAUAUCUGAAAAUCAUCUGAAGUUGGCUGAUCAGCUAGCUGAAGCUGCUUGCCAGUCUUCUAUUUGUGGCGUUGAGCUUCGAGCUGCUGCUUCUGCUCUCAAGAGACUUGGUGAUGGACCGCGUGCUCAUAGUUUGUUGCUCAGUGCACACAAUCAGAGACUUCAAUUAAACAUGCAAACAAUACAACCAUCUAGCACGUCAUAUGGCGGGGAAUACACUGCUUCUCUUGCGCAACAAAAUUUUCCUGUUAUAGCUGAGGCUCUCAACGACUCAGCCGAAGUCUUUGGUGACGUACCAGCAUACACAUCUGAACUAGUUACUUGGGCUACUAAGCAGGCAAUGUCAUUUUCGCUGCUUGUAAAGAGGCAUGCUUUAGCCUCUUGUGCUGCUGGUGGGGGCUUAAGAGCUGCUGCGGAAUGUGUUAAGAUAGCAAUUGGUUAUUCAGACUUGCUGGAAGCUCGUGGUCUAUCACUUACGUCAGUUCUGAUGAAGCAAUUCAGACCCUCUGUCGAGCAAGCAUUAGAUUCCAAUUUGAGGAGAAUUGAAGAGAGUACUGCUGCUUUAGCUGCAGCUGAUGACUGGGUACUCACCUAUCCUCCAACUGGUAUACGUCCAUUGGCUAGAUCAUCUGCUGGUAAUCUGGCACUCCAGCCGAAGCUCUCAAGCAGGGCUCAUCGUUUCAAUUCAAUGGUUCAGGAUUUCUUUGAGGAUGUUGGACCACUGAUUAGCUUACAACUAGGUGGUUCCGCGAUGGAUGGGCUUCUGAAAAUAUUCAACUCGUAUGUAGACUUGCUCAUAAGUGCUCUACCAGGGUCAGUGGAUGAUGAAGUUAACUUGGAAGGUUUAGGGAAUAAGAUUGUUAGAAUGGCAGAGACAGAGGACCAACAGUUAGCUUUGUUAGCUAAUGCAUCUUUACUAGCUGAAGAGUUGCUACCGAGAGCAGCUAUGAAGCUGUACUCUAUGAACCCAGUCAUCAUGGAUAGCUUGCGUAGAAGAGGUCCUGAAAAACAAAAUCAAGAAGGUGACACCCAUCUGAGUGCAGAAAUGUACAUCAAUAUGGAUAAUACUGUUGAAGAUCCAGAAUGGGUUCCAUCGCCGAUUUUCCAGGAAUUGUAUGCAAAAUUAAAUAAGAUGGCAAGCGCUGCAACAGAAAUUUUUGUUGGUAGGGAAAGGUUUGCUACGCUGCUUAUGAUGAGACUUACGGAGACAGUCAUGCUUUGGCUCUCAGACGACCAGAGCUUUUGGGAAGAGAUUGAAGAAGGACCAAGGGCUCUGGGUCCACUUGGACUUCAGCAGUUCUACCUGGAUAUGCAGUUUGUCAUCUUUUUUGGGCAAGGGCAUUUCUUAUCUCGGCAUGUGCAUCAAGUCAUAUUGGGGAUCAUUGAUAGAGCGAUGAGAGCGUUUUCUGCUACGGGGAUGGACCCUGAUAGGGUCCUUCCAAGCGACGACUGGUUCAUUGACGUUGCCCAGGAGAGUAUCAGUAGGAUCAGCGGGAAGCCACGAUUCGCCAAUGGGGACAGGGAGAGGGAGGUGAACAGCCCCACAGCCUCCGUGUCAGAACAAAUCAACAAAAUCAGCUUCAACCCGGCCGUGACGCUGUCGCUGGCCGUUGGUGGCCACAUCACGCUGUUCCGUUCCUCCCUGUACAUCGCCGCACAGAUGCUGGGCUCCUCCGCGGCGUGCUUCCUGCUCAGGUGGCUCACCGGCGGGCUGGCCACCCCGAUGCACGCGCUGGCGGAGGGCGUGGGCCCCGUGCAGGGCGUGGUGGCGGAGACCGUCUUCACCUUCAGCCUCCUCUUCGUCAUCUACGCCACCAUCCUCGACCCGCGGAAGCUGCACCCGGGCGCCGGCCCGCUGCUCACCGGCCUCCUCGUCGGGGCCAACUCCGUCGCCGGCGCCGUCCUGUCCGGCGCGUGCAUGCUGUCUCGGCCAGUCCAGUCAUUUGUGUGUGCGUGCAGUGUGCGUGGUAUAUACAGUCUAUAG